GUCACAAUUGCCUCGACUCGUACUAGUUCUCCAAUGGCGGGAAAAUCUCUGCCUAGAAUUACAGAAAGCCAAUAGCCCAGAGUUGCGCACCGAUAGUGAUUGAGUGAAGAGAGAUGGAAGGUGGAGAAGAAGAUCCAUAUGGCUCUCUCGUCAAUUUCUGCCGACCCACUUCUUCGCAGGAGCUGAAAUUGGAGAGUUGCCCUUUUGCUCGAGAAUCUGAGGUCUUCCCCGACGCCGUCGAUUCCUUGGGAUCACCAUUUUCGCCGGGUACGACGCAGUCAUCGCCUCCGGGCAUCGUCAUGGUUUCCCUUCCUGACAGUGAAGACGAGGAAUGGCUGACUGACGAGAAUCCCCCUUUAGAAAAUGAAGAUUUCCAAACCCCUCCGGAGGACCAGCUUCUCUCCCAGUCGUCCUCCCAAGAAGAGCCCCGGCGGAAUUCAAAUCCAAUGUCAACGGAAGAUGCGAAAGGUGAAGCGGAUAGGGCAACCGCUGAGGAUGAAAGUAGAGACGAUGAGCCAGGUGUGGAAAAUCUAGGGUUUUUGAAAUUGGGGGAAAUGACAAGGGAUGAAAUUGGAGCCUCGAGGGGCGAUCUUUUGGAAAGAAAUGACGGAUUCUUGGUUGGAUUGAAGGAAUUUGGGGUUUCUGAGGGUGGAUGUGAAGGACCGGCGUUGAAGAAAAUUAGGGUUGCGGAAGAAAUUGGGGACUCAACGGUGCAUGCUCAGGUGGAAGUGGCUAUAAUUAAUGAAAAGGUGGAUAAUGGCGACGAUGAGGUUGUUGAAUUAGAUAUUGAUACGAGUGAUGACGAAAUGGAGCAUGAUGAGAAUUUGAUUUUAAACGCUUGGCAUUCGGUUGAGGAAUCUGAUGAUAAUAGUGUUGAUGAAGUUAGCAGCAACAAUGGUGAAGAAGGCAUUCAAAAUGAUCAUGAGAUGCAAGCUGAGAAUGCUACCGAUGAUGGUGGUUCUCGCAGUGAUGAUAACAAUCCAGUGGAGGAAGAGGAAGGCAUCCAUUUAGAUAUUGAUGGCAAGAGUGUGUCCAGGAAUGGUGAUUUGGAUGUGGAGGAGUUGGAGGAAGAGGAAGGCAUUCAUCUAGAUAAUGGUGACAAGAGUGUGUCCAGGAAUGGAGAUUUGGAUGUGGAGGAAUUGGAGGAAGAUGAAGGGGUUCAUCUAGAUAAUGGUGACAAAAGCGUGUCCAGGGAUGGGGAUUCGGACAUGGAGGAAUUGGAGGAAGAGGUUAGAAAUAACAGGGGCCAGUUGAGGGAAUGCAGAAAGGAGGGUUUGAAUUCUAUGAAUAGAGAGGAUAUUGAAGCAUUCAAUUACAAUGGUAAUGGCAGCAGCGAUAAUGGCAAUCAAAGGUGGAAGGAGGUGGUGAGAAGAAGACGCGAACUGCCGCGAUCAAUGAGGGAGAAUCACAAUGAAAGGGGAGGAAGGAGGGAUGUUGAUAGUCUGGAUUUGAAGAAUCUCUCUCCUAAGGAACUCUUGGAUGCUUUGGCAUUUUUCUUGAAGGUAGAGCAUGAUAGCGAGGUAGACUUUUUAGAAACAGCAAAAAGGAGAGGUAUGACUUUUCCUCAGCCUAGGUGGAUUUAAUUACUGUCUUGGGGUACAGCUUUUUGGUGGCCUAGAAGUGUUAAUGUUUUUGUUGAAUAGGGAUGUGUAAUGCAGUCAGACCAAUGUUCAUAUAACUAAGUGCAUGGGGAAAUCUUCUGUACAGUACUGCAAGAAGUUUUGGGGGUAUUUAUCACGUGUUCUUGUCGAUGGCGUGGUUUAACUAGCUGUAGUAAGUAGAACUUGAUGUAGGUUUUCAUUACCUGUUAAUCUGUUUUGAUGUAAAUGUCACGUUUAAUGCUUGGAAGAGCUGAAAGAAUUUGUCAGAUAUGGGAACUUGUGCUGCAUUUUUUGACAGUUUAACAUGAGUUGUUUACGCUGACCUUUCAGUGUUCUUAGCUCAUACAAUUAGGCAGUUAACAGGUUGAUUUUCGAAUUUUCUGUGAAUUCUGUUUUUGCGCAAGUAGGAAGAGGAUAUUGGGCGACUGUUGGUCCUGCCACCUAACAGUGGCAAAGGUAGGAACUGAACUGCUGACCUAUCCAGGACCUUUGGAGGUGACGAAGCUCUAACUGCUCAGUCAACUGUUCGUUACUAUGUUGCUAAGGUUGAGAUGUAAUGUUCCAUGAACUGUGAGCUGAAACUGACAAGGUGCCAUAGGUUUUAGAUUUUGUUACCAUAGGAUGAUAAUCUGCUGCCAUAUGUGGCUUUUACUCCAUAUGAAGGGACCCUGGAUACUGAAGAAUGUUGUGGUUUUUUAUGUGCUUAUUGAAGAC